CUUCCUGGGCCUCAGUUUCCCCAUCUGUCGGAGAGGGGUGGUAGCAGGAUCUCUAGGAUUAUGUGAGCCGAGAUGUACAGAAUUCCUACCUGUGGCCUGCCCCGCAGGACCAUGGGCUCCAUGUUCCGGAGUGAGGAGGUGUCGCUGGUCCAGCUCUUCCUGCCCACGGCUGCUGCCUACACCUGCGUGAGCCAGCUGGGCGAGCUGGGCCUCGUGGAGUUCCGAGACCUCAACGCCUCGGUGAGUGCCUUCCAGAGACGCUUUGUGGUGGAUGUUCGCCGCUGUGAGGAGCUGGAGAAGACCUUCAGUUUCCUGCAGGAGGAGGUUCGGCGGGCUGGGCUGGCACUGCCCCCACCUGAGGGUGGGCUACCGGCACCCCCGCCCCGCGACCUGCUGCGCAUUCAGGAGGAGACUGAUCGCCUGGCACAGGAGCUCCGGGAUGUGCGGGGCAACCAACAGGCCCUGCGGGCCCAGCUGCACAAGCUGCAGCUGCAUGUGGCCGUGCUGGGCCAGGGCCAGGCCCCCCUGUUGGCAGCCACCCACACAGAUGAUCCCUCGGAAAGGACCCCCCUGCUCCUGUCCCCUGCGGGGCCACACCAGGACCUGAGGGUCAACUUCGUGGCAGGGGCCGUGGAACCGCACAAGGCCGCCGCCCUGGAGCGCCUGCUCUGGAGGGCCUGCCGUGGCUUCCUCAUCGCCAGCUUCCGGGAGACAGAGCAGCAGCUGGAGGACCCAGUGACGGGCGAGCCUGCCACGUGGAUGACCUUCCUCAUCUCCUACUGGGGCGAACAGAUUGGGCAGAAGAUCCGCAAGAUCACUGACUGCUUCCACUGCCACGUCUUCCCGUUCGAGGAGCAGGAGGAGGUCCGCCAAGGGGCCCUGCAGCAGCUGCAGCAGCAGAGCCAGGAGCUGCGGGAGGUCCUGGGGGAAACAGAGCGGUUCCUGAGCCAGGUGCUGGGCCGGGUGCAGCGGCUGCUGCCGCCCUGGCAGGUGCAGAUCCGCAAGAUGAAGGCUGUGUACCUGGCCCUCAACCAGUGCAGCGUUAGUGCCACGUACAAGUGCCUCAUUGCUGAGGCCUGGUGCGCCACACAGGACCUGCCCGCCCUGCAGCAGGCACUGCAUGACAGCUCGAGUGAGGCUGGUGUGAGCGCCGUGGUUCACCGCAUCCCCUACCGGGACAUGCCCCCCACGCUCAUCCGUACCACUCGCUUCACGGCCAGCUUCCAGGGCAUCGUGGACGCCUACGGCGUGGGCCGCUACCAGGAGGUCAACCCCGCGCCCUACACCAUCAUCACCUUCCCCUUCCUCUUCGCCGUCAUGUUCGGGGACGUGGGCCACGGGCUGCUCAUGUUUCUCUUCGCCCUGGCCAUGGUGCUGGCCGAGGACCGGCCGGCCGUAAAGUCGGCAAAUGACAAGUUCCUGGCUGAGCACCCGCUGCUCACCCUGAACCCCAACAUCACCGGCGUCUUCCUGGGACCCUACCCCUUCGGCAUCGACCCCAUCUGGAGCCUGUCCCUCAACCACCUGAGCUUCCUCAACUCCUUCAAGAUGAAGAUGUCUGUCAUCCUGGGGGUCACACACAUGGCCUUUGGCGUGGUCCUAGGAGUCUUCAACCACAUACACUUUGGCCAGUGGCACCGGCUGAUUCUGGAGACCCUGCCCGAGCUGGUCUUCCUCCUGGGCCUGUUCGGCUACCUGGUCUUCCUGGUCGCCUACAAGUGGCUGCGAGUCUCGGCCGCCAACUCCGCCUCCGCCCCCAGCAUCCUGAUCCACUUCAUCAACAUGUUCCUCUUCUCCCGCAGCCCCACCAACCCGCCGCUCUUCCCGGCGCAGGAGGCGGUGCAGUCUGCACUGGUGGUCCUGGCCCUGGCCACAGUGCCGGUCCUGCUGCUAGGCACGCCCCUGUUUCUUCACUGGAGUCACCGCCGGCAGAGGCGGCGGCGGGCUGGCCAAAUGCAGGACGAAGACAAGCCUGGGCUUCUGGACUCGCCCGAUGCGUCUGUUGAUGAGGAGAAGGCGGGGCACCCAGGGGACCUCCAGGAGGCCGAGUUUGUUCUUUCCGAGGUGUUCAUGCACCAGGCCAUCCACACCAUCGAGUUCUGCCUGGGCUGCAUCUCCAACACGGCCUCCUACCUGCGCCUCUGGGCCCUGAGUCUGGCCCAUGCCCAGCUGUCGGAGGUCCUGUGGACCAUGGUGAUGUCUUUGGGCCUGGGCAUGGGCCGAGAGAUGGGCGUGGCAGCCGUCGUGCUGGUCCCCAUCUUCGCCGCCUUCGCCGUGAUGACCGUGGCCAUCCUGCUGGUGAUGGAGGGGCUCUCCGCCUUCUUACAUGCCCUGCGGCUGCACUGGGUGGAGUUCCAGAACAAGUUCUACUCAGGCACCGGCUACAAGCUGAACCCCUUCACCUUUGCCGUGGAGGACGAGUAGCGCUCGCAGGUGGCCAUACCCGUGCCCCCCCAGCCUGCCUUGAAGCAGGAAAGGAAUAAAGAGAAAGGUCCAGGACUGUG